CUUAGAUUUUUCUGCUUCGUUUCCUCAUUUCAGCUUAGCUUCAUUCCGUUUAAAUUCGGAGUAACAUGCCCUCCCACUUCGCUGUUGCGAGUUUCUCCGUGUGGUUACGAUCACGCUCCCCGUCCCUUUUGAAAAAGUUGUUUCUGGGAGUCCAUAUUUCCGUUGUUGCCGCCCGCUGAGGCAAAAAAGCUAAUCAAUCCGCAAAGAAAAGAAAAAAACUAGUCAGGGGCCGCGAUGGCUCCGAGAACUCGGGUCGACACAUCAGUCAUGAACUUUGCCGAGAGCUCCCACGGGGGAGCGCUUCUAGAAAAGCUUCGACAACAGCAGGACAAGGGUCGUUUCUGCGACAUCGUCCUCCACGUCGAAGGGCGGAAGUUCCGCGCCCACAGAGCCGUGCUAGCGGCUUGCAGUCCCUACUUCGACUCCGUGCUGCGCAUGCACAAAACGGUCCUCGAGCAGAUGAACAUAGCGUGCAAGAACCAGAACGCUUUCCAGUCCCUCCUGGGAUACAUGUAUUCCGGCUGCAUCAGCAUCAACCGCGCCAAUGCAGCCGAGUUGCUGCAGCUGUCCAACCACUUCCUUAUCUUCAAGCUAAAGAACUACUGCGCCGAGUACCUUGAGCGCCAGCUCUGUCUGUCCAACUGUCUGGCGGUGAGGGAACUGGCCGAACGGUACAAUGUGCCCCUGUUGCUCAAGGCGGUCGUGGGCUUCAUCCGAGACAAUGUGGAGGCUGUACUGGAUGAUCCGAGGUUGCUCCGCUUCGCGGCGGACCAGUUGGUGUCCUUCCUGUCUGACCAAAAACUUGGACUGCCUCGGGGUCUGCCCUUGCUGACACUGGUCACCCGUUGGGUCUCGCACGACCUCGAGGAGCGGGAGGGCCAGCUGCGUUUCCUCCUGACCUUCGUCGACUGGGGGUCCGUGGACUGCGAUGCCCUAUCCCACUUCCUCGGCAACGAGCCGCUGUUUGCCGAGAACCGGCGCUGCCUCUAUUUUUUCUUGGAGACUCUGGACGAGAACGCCGUGCCCCUGGCACACAUGAGCGGGGAGAAGCAGGAGCGACUCCGCCUGGAGUUCUCGCAGUCCGCCGGGACGGUGGACGAGGAGAGCUUUAUGCAUCUUGCCGUCUCCGCAGCCAUCGAGGGACUUGCUGGAGGACGUGGGAUGGACGAAGAGGAAGGUGGAUCUACCGGAGGCGGGCCGAGGGACGGGUCCGAGGAAACGCUGUCGACCGACGGAUUAGACGAGGAUGACGAAGACGGGCGGGAUGGCGGUGCAAAGGAUGGCGAGCACCGAAGGCAGCCUUCCCUGGACGACUGCCAGUCCAGUGACAGCGACUGCGACACGAAACCAAGCCUGGGCAUCCUGCACAACCUCCUCGUGGAAAAGAACGAUCCCCCGGAGCCGUCGCCCACAGACGACGGCAGCGCAGACCAGUCCAACGAAUCAUCGAGCCGCACUUACUGGAAAGACGGCGUCAAGUGCAGCCACUGCAGCUAUGUCGGCUACGGAGCCUCGCGACUCCAGCAGCACGUCUCCCACGCCCACGCAAAGGACGUGACAUUCACCUGUGCACUGUGUGACUUCACGUGCAAGUGGAACCGCGAGUACUACACGCACAUGAAGGAGCACUUCGGGAACGCGAACGGGCUGCCGCCGUUCCGCUGCGACGCGUGCCCGUACAAGUGCGAGCGGAUCCAGCUGCUCCUGCUGCACCGGAUGAAGCACACGGACGAGCGGCCGUUCCGCUGUGGCGCGUGCGACUACCGCUGCCGUCAAAAGACGAACCUGGUUGCCCACAUGCGCAGCCACACGGGAGAACGCCCCUUUGGCUGCGACGACUGCGGCCGCUCAUUUGCGCUCAAGUGCACGCUCGAGCAGCACCUCCAGAGCCACCGCGCAGACCGGCCCUACCUGUGCGACGUGUGUGGUUUUACGGCCAAGUACCAGUCCCACCUCAUCUCCCACCGCCGCUUGCACACCGGGAAUGUGUUCCGCUGCCAGUUUGCUGGCUGCGCGUACGUGUCGCCCAAGCGGAGCCAGCUCGAGGCCCACACGCGGACCCACACGGCGGUGCGGUCGCACGUGUGUCCGGUGUGCGGACGGGCGUUCAUCGAGCGCAGCCACCUGGUGCGCCACGAGCGGAUACACUUGGACGACAAGCCGUUCAAGUGCCCGGACUGUGAGUACAGCAGCUCGCGGCGGGACAAGCUGAAAGAGCACCACGAGAAGCACCACGGCGAAAAUGCAACGGCGAAGGCGCCGUACCGCCCGCGCCGGACGCACCAGCCGAGGUAUCCGGAGGAGGCGCCAAUGAUGGUCUACGAGGAGGACACGUAUGGGACGACGAAUCCGUCGGCAGACGCACGGUUCCUGGUCGUGCAGAUGCCUGGCGGGGCCGCCGGACUCUCACCGUCGCGGGACGCAGGACUGGACGACGCGACGGAGCUGAUCCUCGGUGACUCGCAGAAUGGACAUCUGCUCAACGUGCACUUGGGGCAGCUCACGGGCGACGAGUCGGAAGAGGCCAUCGGCACGUCGUUGGAUGACCAGCUCGCGUCGGCGGUUGCAGCAUCGGGUUCGGCGGAGCUCGGCAACCUCAGCUCGUUCAUGGCGUUCUUCUAGCGGACGUCGACGGUGGCUACCGGUGCUUGGAACCAACACCUACUAGAUAAGAGAGCCUUAGUGCUGAAUCUUUCUGCUUCACUAAAGAAGGCCAGUUUGGAUACGAGUGCCGCGUCGGCAGUUGGCCCGAACUCCCGUUGGAUUGGCGAGCAGAUGACUCCUGGCCGAACCCCGCAGUCGCAUCCAACCUGUGCCCUGCGGCCUUCUUUGGCAACUCAGAAAAGCUCGGUACUAAGGAUUUCUUCUCUAGGUGGUGGCACUGGAAUAUGUCUCUGACUGCUGUGUUUUCCAUCCUAUACGGAGUGCAAGUUUGUCUGCUGAUUGGCUUUGAUUGAAGGAUAGUGGGUAGACCUCAAAGCAAGUUGCCUUGAGGUCUACCCAAUAUCCUUCAAUCGGAGCCGCUCAUCUUUCUAACGUCGCCACAACCUCUGCAAAGAAAGAAGCAGACAAACUUGCGCUCUUCGUAUCACCUGUGCGUCGAAAGUGUUCCCAAAGUAGCAACGUGCAUUGCCAUGGCAGCAGGCACAUUGCGUUGCCGGAAACCGUGAUCGCUGCGGUCGGUCGUAGCAACGCCGCUGGAAAAGCCAGGUGGAAGCGAGGGUCGUCGUGGCGUCUUGACGCCCGGCCGUCGAAGCUUUUGCGGGCGGCGGCACGAUGCUUCUGCAAUGUCGUCGGGCGCAUUUCGGGUUACUACGUUUGGGGACGCAGUAAAACACACCGGUCGGGGACUUGUUUCAGGCACGGUGGCAAAGCCGAGCUUGGUUGGUGCCGUUGUGCGUUUCAAACGCUGCCUGAUGCCUUUGUGACGCCACAGUAUUAAUUUCCGCCGCGAGACAUGUGAAAAAUCUAGUGCUUUCAGACUUCCGGUGAUGCGCGGAUGAGCUUUUCGCCGGUGCAUUGUCGCGCGAUGCGAGACCCUUGGCACCCGACCAUAAUUGUGCCGUGGAAGCAAGGUCACCACGGUGUGUGUGUCGGUGGAUUUUUUCGUGGUGAAGCGUGACAUACAGGGUCGGUUUCGACUCUUGUUGCCGCAAGCGAUUGAGUGCUCUCGGAUGUAACGUAUUUAAAGACUACGGUGUCUGUGUGGUGGGGGGAGACGGGUUGAAAUGUGAAGAACAAGUGUGACUGAUGUCUGAAUGAAAUCGCCUAAGCAUGUUUUUGCCAUUGUUACAAACAUGAACGCCUUUCAAGACAUUGUUCACCUCGUGGAAAAUAUGACAAUUUACUCUAUAUGGACCAUUCACACCAUCUGCCAACUUCAUUCUGCUUCAAUGGCGACAAUGUUUUCAUCUUGAAAGUGGAAUGCCCAAUGCAGUAGUUGUUAUGUUAGAACAAAACAUAAUUUAUUUGUGAUGCUUGUGGUUUUCAGGAUUUCUUUUCUGGGUGGAUUUUGAGUGGUAAAUCUGCUUCUAUCUUGCCAAGACAGAAUAUUUCCUCCACAUGUUUUUUUCCGUUUUUUUUUCCAGUGGUUAUAAUUUGUGUCGUUCCUGUGAAUAUUUUGGUCCAUGUUUAUUUAUAAUUUUUUGUAAGUACCAAAAAUUCAAUGCCAGAUUUACAUGGCACCAGAUGAUAUACCUUUGCCAACGGUUUUGACGCCAUGGUAAUAGCAGCUUGUUGAGCAUUCGCACAUGGCAAUUUCUCUCAUUUGGAAUUGACUACAUGGGUCUCUACCCAACUGUAAAACUUGGUCAGGGAGCAAAACCAGGAUAUUGUGGUGCGAAGACUAACAACCAAUCUGGCUUGCUGAGUAAUAAUAUUACUGUAGUUGCCCUGUCAAACUGGCAGCUGUAAUAUUGCCCCAUAUGAAGAACCCUCGAAAUCACAAUGAAAGCCUUUUGAUCUCUUUGGCUCUAGGGCUAAGCUAGUCUUUGCAGGUGAGUCGACGUUCAAAAUUAGUAUUUUAUUUAUUUUUGUGUCUGUUCAUUUUACAAGGGCAUCUACAACAUUCCAGGGGAUUCUUGAGCUCUUCAAUUUUUUUGCUUGCAUGUUAUUUGCGACUCCAGCGGUCUACAGGGGAUGCUACUGUUGGGUAAAUAUGGCGGUCUAAUACAGGUUGUGACGUGUCGUGUGCCAGCUCAAUGCAUAACGCUUGGAAAUCAGCAAGCAAGCAUUUGACUAAGAAUGGUUCGCCCUGCUUUUUAUCCUCUACAUUUUGAACCUGCAGCUAUGUGUUGGCAUGAGUGAGUUUCCAGAGACUUGACUUUCUUCGAGGAAGCGAUGAAAAGUGGAAUGUCUGGUUCACGUGGUUGCUUGGGUUGCGUGUAGAGCAACCAGGGAACAAGCUGAUACUUCAGUUAUGGCAGGGUCACUGGGACAACUGUUCUAUUGUGUAAACCGCCUACAACAUGUAAUCACGAAAGCCAUGAGAGACGAGCUGAAAUCGCGAAAGGACCUGUUUCGGCCAGUUCAGUGUUUUUCGGCUAGGUGCCAUUCGUUUUGCUGGAGUCGCAAAUAUAGCUAUCAUGUGAAAUAACAUGCACAGUGCCGUACAACAUGAAAGACCCACUGGGAGUGCAUGGCUGAGGCAGGGGCACUGCGAGCGCUCCAGGCAAUUCCAUUCUGCUUUGAGAAGAAAACGCUCACUUGGGGCUCAGCUAAAGCGCAACGCGCUUAUCGGUUUCUGCUGUGCCCCGAGUGGAGGUCCUCCCUUCGAAGCAGAAUGGAAUUGCCCGGAGCACUCGCAGCGCCACCGCCUCGGCCACCGCCUCGGCCACGUGCUCCCAGUGGGUCUUUCAUAUUGCAGGAGACUGUACAAGAAAUAUAUUUAUCUGAUGCUCUUUAUGACUUGUAUGUAACAUUCAUGUAACCUACUUCAACAGCUUAGCGUUGUUCUUUUAAAGAUUUGAAUAUCGCAGAUUUUAUUUACAUUAACCAAUUCUCUAAAUGUUCCAUUUGGAUGGGAGUGUUUGCUAAAAACAAAAUUUCCUGAUGCUUUUUUUAUGUUUAUUUUUUUAGCAAAUGUCUGAUAAAAAUAUAGGUUCUAACAACGAAAUUCUCUUUCCAGUUGGCAAAGAAGCAAACUAACAGGAAUUGAGUCAUGUGUCGUGCUAAUCCUAGCUCUGCCAGUAGAAUUAAUUGAACCAGCAUGGUCACUGGUAGUGCUUGAAGGCUAUCCACACGGACACACUAUUGAUUAAUGCUAUAAAUGGAUAGCAGCGGACACAACGAGCCAUCGAAGCCAAUCCAACACAGAGAGCAUCCCAUAACUUUAUGCGUCGUGCGUUGCUUCUCUCAUCUGCAUGUUCGCGUCUCAUGCUACAUGGAGCGCAAGUCUUCUGCUUCUUGCGCAGGGUUUGCGAUGACGUCAGAACGAUGCCGAGUUCUGAUUUACUCGAUUGGAAGGAUAGUGGGUAGACCUCAAUGCUAGUUGCCUUGAGGUCUACCCACCACACAUUUUUCGAACGACCAACAAGAGCUCAGCAUUCUGACAUCAUUGCAGCUGCUGUGCAAGAAGCAGACAAAAUUGUGCUUCGCAUCGACUUCGACGGCUCGUAGCGCAUGUUGCCGUUCAUUCCGAGGUAAAACGAAUUAUAAAUGGACGGCAAAUUUGGUGGCCGGAUACAACAUUAAGGUUUUGACCAAAUACCACGUGGAGUCUGCUUCCUCCCCUAGAAAUUGCACAAAAGCAAACCACAUUACGGGUUCUCAAAAAAGAAAAUUUGGAAAAGAGUCGCCACUUUUCCCAAUCCAGUGUUUACCAUGUUGUAAAGGGCCAUCACUUACAGGUGCUGUGUUUCAGGGCCUCCGUUUUUGCGGAUUCAUUGCCUUGGCCUAUCCUCUUUACGGCCACUGCCCUUUUAAACUUGCCAUUGAGGUGCGAGACAGUCUGUUGUCUGCAUUUUUUGGAGCUCAGAAUCUUGCUAUGAAUUCUGUGAAUUCAGACGUACCAUCUCAUCGUCGUCACAUCUUCUUGGAAGGGGUUCACGAGUGCUUCUUCUCGAGUUCUGAUCGCUUGCGUUCUAGCAGUGCAUUCAGACACCACUGAAAUAGUGUCGUGAUUAAUUUUGUGCAGAUUAAAACCCAAAGGAGAAUUGUCUAUGUGAGGACACUGUCUUUGCUUUGUUUUCAUAACUGUGCAUGAAUUAGUUAAAAAUGUUUGUGGUGCUGUCUAAAUGAGCCAGCACAAUGUAUGCCUGCACUGUACUAGUUAGUUGCUUUGUGUAGAACUGGUGCUUGGAUGCUUGGUGCCUUCCAGUUUCCACAAUUCGUUAUUCUUUUUUUAAACACUCUUUCAACGAAAAGUAAUUCGAGCAGUUGCCUUUUGCUCCUGUCAUGUCCCCAGCUGGUAACAAACCGCCAGUGCUACUGGUGACCAAAAACAACAAGACUAUACAGUGCCACUGAGGUAAGAGAAAGCCAUUUAGUUUCGUCGCACUGCUACGUGGAUCAGGAUCCGGGUAGAGGCAUUGCAUCAGCAUUCAGUAUUGAAUUCAGUUGGUGCUCGUGAAUUCGUAGGCUCAGGAUUAUUAAAGGCGGCCUGAAAUAAAAUUGCCGCCAUGGUGCAUCAGACA